GCAGAGAAUUCCAGAUUUCCCAAGGUGGGACGUAUCACCAGAAAGAAUCAAUGGAAGACUACCUCGACGCUUCAACGGCUGCUGGAUGGGACCGGACGGCGGAUCCUAUGGACCUGAAAACUGGGAACGCAUUCGGACCGUUAGCAGCAUGGAUCGAUCCCAAAACUGGCCGUCGUCAAGACGCAGCUCACGUUCUCAUCCACCCACUCAUGGACUCCAAAUCUACCUCCCUCCAACUCCUCACAGACCACGACGUCGUACGCGUCCUUUUCGACUCUUCUAAGAAGGCAAACGGCGUCGAAAUCCUCUCUCGUCAAAACCCAACCACACGUAUCACCAUUACAGCACGCAAGCUCGUCGUCCUCUCAGCAGGUGCGUUCGGCUCACCACUCAUCCUAGAACGGUCAGGACUUGGAGGUCAAGAAGUCCUUGACAAGAUCGGUGUUCCAUCCGUCUAUGUGAACCCAAAUAUCGGCAAUAAUUACCAAGACCACCCUCUCGUAGCAUGGCCAUAUCUCUCGUCCGGCAGUCCAGAAACAUCCCUCGAUUGCCUCCUCAACGGUACGCUUUCUGUACGUGACGCACUUGCGAAAGAUAAAAACAUCCUGAGCUCCAACCACAUUGAAGGCAUCGGGAAGAUCAGACCUGAUGCAACUGAUCUUGCGGGCUUUAGUCCCGAAUUGAGGGAGUUCUUGCUUAGAGAUUUCGCUGACAAGGAGGAUAAGCCUGCUGCUCUUUUACUACCGGCGUCUUUUCAUUUCGGUGAUCACAAAGAUACGCCGGGACAGUAUUUCUCGAUUGGAUCAGCGCUCGCGUAUCCAUAUUCGAGAGGGUAUGUACAUGCGUCCAGCGCUGAGGUAAAAGAUGCGCCCGAGUUUGACGUGGGAUUCUUCAAGGAAGAGGUGGAUAUUGAGAUAUUUGUUUGGAUAUAUAAGAAGCAAAGAGAGGUUGUGAGGCGGAUGAAGAGAUAUUGUGGGCCGUUGGGGAGUUGUCACCCUGUGUUUAAGAAGGGGAGUGAGGCCAGUUUUGAAGUGGCGGAUAGUGAUAUUGGGAAGGUGGAUGUGAGUGAAAUCAGGGAUGUGAAGUACGGGAAGGAGGAUGAUGAGGCGAUUGUGGAGUGUUUGAGGCAGAGGGUGGAGACGAUGUGGCAUUCGCUUGGCACGUGUGCUAUGAAGCCAUUGGAGGAUGGGGGCGUUGUGGAUGGUAACUUGAAUGUUUAUGGUGUAGAGGGGUUGAAAGUGGCAGAUAUGUCAAUUGUGCCGAAGAUGGUGGGAGCCAAUACUUACUCAACGGCAUUGCUUGUAGGAGAAAAGGCAGCGGAAAUCAUUCUCAAAGAGCUGGAGCUUUGA